AUGCGUUCCCGCCUACUGCUUUGCUUGCUAGCGAUCGGGCUCGCCGCCGAGGUCCGCUCCGCGCGGGUCCUCGGCCUGUUCCCGCACACCGGCAAGAGCCACCAGAUGGUCUUCGAGCCGCUGCUCCGCGCCUUAGCCGAGAGGGGCCACCACGUCACCACCGUGUCCUUUUUCCCGCUCAAAAACCCGCCCGCGAACUACACGGACGUGAGCUUAGAAGGCAUAGCGGGCUUAGGCGUCGAGACCUUCGACCUGUCGAUAUACGAAGCGCCGAGCCUGCUGCUGAAGAUCCCGGUCGUGAAGAGGAUCGCGAAGCAGAUAAUGGAGUUCCACCCUCUAGCCGGUAUGGCUCUGAACGUAUGCGGGAAAGCGCUCGACUGGCCGCCGCUCGUUGAAGCGCUCAAGUCCGACUACGACGUGGUGCUGGUGGAGAACUUCAACAGCGACUGCAUGCUCGGUCUCCUCCAUGUAUACGGAAUACGGGCGCCCGUGGUCGCUCUGCUGUCGUGCAACCUCCUGCCGUGGUCGGCCAACAGAGUCGGCGUCUUCGACAAUCCAGCACACGUGCCGGUGACCAGCACGCAUUUCACUGCGCCGAUGACGUUCGCGGAGAGAUUGGAGAACGCGUUCAUGCACUUGUAUCACAGCCUCUGGUUCCACUACGCGGUGCAGGUAAAGGAGCGCGAGCUGAUCGAGAAGCGUUUCGGCAGGAGGAUCCCAGAGCUGCAAGACCUGGGGAAGAACUAUUCGCUGAUGAUGGUGAACACUUUCCACGCGCUGAACGGUGUCCGACCGACCGUGCCGGGCGUGGUCGAAGUUGGUGGCAUGCACCUGGAUCACACGCGGAAAGUAAUACCACCGGUAAGU